AUGGCUGAAGAAGACCUCGGCCAAGCGGCCGGUGUUGAGGAAUUCCCUGCAUCUCGCGAGGAUUACAGCAACUUCUUCACCCUGAAAUCCCAAGGCCAGCCAGUGAACCAACUUACUGGUGCCCCUAAAGAAUUCACCCUAAAUUCGCUGGACAUGCUGGAAAGAACAGAAGACUUUGAGGAUUAG